UUUUCAGAUGAUGUUCAAGAGCUCAUAUUACUAUUUAGAUGUACUAUUUUUUUUCAUUAUGCAUCGUUUCAGGCAUCAUAGUUCACUGUCCACAUAUUCUUACGAGGCAUCCAAAUUUACAUAAUUUUGUUUAUAAAUGAUUUAAACAUUCUGAGUCUCCAGGUGAGAUGAAGGCUAGAAAAUCCAAGUUAAUUAGACCCACCUUUGAUAUAGUGCAACUGAGCCAUGUGGGGGUUGGAUACUAACAAGUUGGAUCCAAAGGCAUGAUCAAAGAACAAUUAUAUAAAAGCAUACCGACUAUUGAUGGCUUGGUUUCCACUGCUUUGCAUUACCAAUGAGCAAACCUGUAUCGAUACUUUUUUGUCCUUGCAAAUUUUUAUCCAAAAACUUGGAUCAAAUGGGCAUCACUUUGGGAAAAAAAUCAACCUGACUAAGAUGAAGACACAUACUCUCAAAUUUCUUGAAGAGGACAGUGGUCCUCCAGAAUGGCACCCAGCAUCUCCUGGAUUAAAGUCUGCCUGCCAAGAUGCUACUUUGUAUUGUAAGGCGAGAGGGAAGAAUAUUUCAAAGCCAAGUAUGGCUGGUUUCCAAUAUGGCUUGUCAAAUAAGGAUUUCUUAUCAGGGCUGGUUGGCAUGAACUCUCUUAAACAGAAUAAAAGGAGAUGGACCAACCAUAUAACACCUGCAGGCAGAUGGGACUAGAGACUAUUCAGCAGCAACUAAUAUUCUGAAUUUGUGACAAAAACAUGGUAUAGGAUUUGGUGAUGGAUGAACUUGGACCAUAGUUUCAGUUUUAAAGAUACAGCUCUCUUGACUCCAUUUAGUCAAUUGGCUAGAGCAGGAGCGUACUUUACUAUUUAGUCUAGAAGACGUUUAAAUUGGAUUGGGAUAGGAGAGCGGUAGGCUUGAUCUUUGGCAAGUUACAACCUCAUGAUAUUCAUAUACACACACACAUGCUAUGGGUAUCAAAUUGUUAUCACCCAUCCGAAGAUCUCUGCAUCUGGCUAAGCAAUUGAGUAUGCCUACUUCAAAAGUCCCAAAGGGCCACUUUGCUGUUUCUGCAGAAGAAGAACAGAAAAAGAGAUUCAUAAUACCAAUAUUAUACUUGAACCAACAGUAGUUCAAAGACUUCCUGAGUUUCUCUGAAGAAAAGUUUGGAUUCACUCAUUCCCUGCACUGAAAAUACUAAAGUAUUUCUGACUUUCAGUUCAUGUUUGCAUCCUUUGAAAUGAUCUGACCAGCACAGCUGAUUGAAGCUUUUCAAUUUUGUGCAUUAUUCAUACUUGUUUUGUAUUUUCAAAGUUUGCAGAACUGGGUGAGCUUUGGCAAGGUUGUUGUGUUCCAAAGUUGCUGUAAUACUCAUUGCUGUGUUCCAAGGUUGGAGAACUGAUGGUUAUAACUAUUCUGUGAGGUAACUUUACUAGUGUAUGACUUGAUCAACUGUAAGUGAUAUAUGAAAAUUUUUGCAUUUCUGAAAAUCUACUAGCUCGAUCAUUCUUCAUAUAUGUCACAUCAGAUGUUUGUGGCGGUAAUUGGUUCGAGCUGCUUUGGAACACAGCAAGUAGAUUUCUUGACCCAAUGACUACGGGAAAGAGAAAUGUAUGAGAAUACUUGUUCUUUUUCUUUCAUUAUGAGCCGCUCAGAAGUGCUAACUUCUGCAUUGGUUCUACAGGUGUUAUAGGCAACGGAUAAUCGUAACAAGUAGUUGGAAGCUGUAGACUUAUGGUCGAUCAAGACAAUCUUACCACCUGUUAAAAUAGUUCAAUUUGAAUAGAUAAUAUGAUAUUUGGAACUUUUUCUUAAUCAUGUUAAAAAAAUUAAUUUAGGAACUUUCUGUUUAAACAGUAAACUUCCUGAUUUCCUUGGGGAGCUUGCUCAUCGUGCCCCUGGAAGAAUUCUAGUGAGGUUACACUGCUGUCAC